AUGGCUCAAUCUAAGCAUAUAGACAAAGUUCUUGAUAGGCAUAGUGAUGAAACUAUUGCAAAUAACCGCUUAAAGUUGAAGAUAUCUAUUGAUGCUAUUCGAUGGCUUGCAUUUCAAUUAAGGGUUGCUCAAGAAAAUAAUGUUACAAACUUAAUUACCAAUGAUCAAAUUGUGACAGGUAGUGGACUUAAUCAAAUUGGUACUUUGCAAAGAGCUGGAGAUACUAGAUGGGGGUCUCAUUUGAAUUCUGUGCGUAGCUUGUUAUGCAUGUUUGAUGCUACUUGUGAAGUUCUUGAAAAAAGCACGGAAGAAGGUAAUUUCUCCACUCGUGGUGAUGCUAGUGCUGCUUAUGAUGCUAUCACAUCCUUUGAAUUUGUUUUUGUUUUGCAUUUGAUGAGAAAUAUUUUGAAAGUUAGUCAUGAUCUUUGUCAAGCUUUGCAACGAAAAAAUCAAGAUAUAUUGAACGCUUUAACUCUGAUUUCUACUACCAAGACUUUAAUCCAAAGAAUGAGAGAAUCAAGUUGGGAGGCUUUCAUAAAAGAAGUUAUAUUAUUUUGUGAGAAACAUGAAGUUGAAGUUCCUGAUAUGAAUGCAUUGCAUAUUCCUAGAAGAGGUCGAACUCGCAAAAUGGUUGACCAAAUUUCAGUGGAGCAUCAUUACCGUGUUAAUUUAUUUCUGGCUAUAAUUGAUACACAAUUGCAAGAGCUUAAUGGAAGAUUCAAUGAUAAUAUGGUAGAAUUACUUACUUUAAGUUCAACUUUAAAUCCUAGAGAUAAUUAUAAGUUCUUUAGUGUCAACAAAGUAUGUGAACUAGUAGAACGGUUUUAUCCAGGUGACUUCAAUGACCAAGAAAAAUUUCACAUUAGAAUGCAAGCUCAACAUUAUAAACUUGAUGUUCCUAAUCAUGUUGAGUUAACUAAUUUGUGCACAAUUUCGGAGUUAUGUCAAGGAUUAACGAAGACAGAAAAGUCUUUAACAUAUCCUUUGAUUGAUCGUUUGAUUCGCUUGGUAUUAACUCUCUCUGUUUCAACUGCUACAACUGAGAGAUCUUUUCACCUAUGA